GAGCUAAGCUAUAUGACCGGGCGGGGAGCUCUAAGCGUUUGCGUAGGAAAAGAAAUGAGGCAUUUGCCCUUUACAGGCGGAGAGAGGGCAAGUUAUUGCGCAGGUGCAAUGAGAAGGGAGGAAUGAAGAGUUCCGUCGCAUUUACGGCGGUUGAUUCGAAUGCAGAACGGAGCGGAGAGAGAUGCGCGGUUGUGGGCCUGGAUUUUGGACUUUCCUUGUCCUCCAACUCCUUACGUCGUUCUUACCUCGUCGUUAUUAACACUGAAGCUUGGGUUCUGUCUUUACCAUGGCCUGUGGUCUACAGAAGCUGUUUUCAGUGGAGGCAGAUUUUGAAGAUGAGGAUUUCCUGUUGGCUGUGAACGAUGUGGAGAAGCAAGCUGUGGAUCCAGCUCCUGGCAUCUUAAAAAGUCUUAGACCCAUCUCAGCUGGGUUGAGAGCCCCCAGCAGCACUAUCAUGCCAGUAUCUGAAGGACCAAGGGUGCCCUUAUCCCCUGUCUUGCAGGUGCAAAACUGUUCCAGACUAAAGUUUGGGGAGGGCAGGUACUCCAGCAAUGUCAAAAGAAACCAGAUGACUCCUCUGGUGACCGGCUUCACAGUUCAGAAGGAGCUGGCAUCCUUGCCAGCUGAAUGUAAAUCGAACUACACUUCAGGCACAAGGUUCAAGUUUGUGAAGAGACCUCCAGCUAAACUCCCCGCUGGGAGUGCUCCCUGUGAUGAGUGUGACAGCGAGCUUGUAUUGGCUGCUUGUAUGGAUCUGGAAGAGUCUGAUAUGCAGUCUGAUCCAGGGUCUUUCAGCUCUGACUGUGGGUCUUUGGGCCAGAUAAAGGACAAUAGUGUGGCAACAGCCAAGAAACCACGAGUGGCAGAUUCGUUGACAUUGACCAACCCAAUAGGUUCAGAGACCUCACAGUUGAAAAGGGCUCAGAACAAACCCAUGGUAGAGGUCACUGAAGACUUCCCCCCAGCAGAGACUUCUCCAAAGUUGACUUUGAGGCCCAAUGUCAUGGGGUCUUCUGCAUCUCAGUCUAACCUAUGGAUGAGUAGCAGCCCAGGUGCCCUUUCAAACUUCAGUUGCCAAACACUUCAGCCUGUUCAAGCUUCUUUGCAUAAACCCAUUCCUGCAUGCAACAGCCCAUGCUUGCCUAUGGUUAGACCCUGCUCUUCCUUUCAGUCAGCAGGUACCCCGCAAAGACCACCCAAACCGUGGAUACCCAGCCAGAGCUGUUCUGUGUCUAGGAUGGCCAAUACUGGUGCUCAGCUCCUUUCUGCAUAUGGUUCCUCAAUGACAUCUGCAGAGACCCCACUUGCCAUGCCUAAAGUUGUUGGAAACCUCCAGACACCUGUGGUCACCAACCAUCUUGUCCGCUUGGUCACGGCAGCAAACAAGACAACAGAGCCAACAGCCCAUGUUCCUUUGCGGGCUAAGGCUCGUCGCUUCCCAGGGCCUGCAGGCAUUCUGCCACAGCAGCCUGAUGGGAAAAACCUGGAAGAGAUUCUCAUUACAACGCCACAGACACCAACUCAUGGGGCUCUAGCAAAGCUACAAAUGGAGGAAAUACCUACUUCGCAACAGCCAAUAGAAGAUGAAUUUGGAAGAGGCCCUUGGGUGGCCAUGAAAACUGAGCUGGGAUUGGAUGAGAGAAAUCCAUCUUGCUUCCUAAGGACUUACAGCAUUGUUAUGGUGCUUCGUAAGGCAGCUCUGAAGCAACUUCCAAAGAACAAGGUUCCAAAAAUGGCAGUGAUGAUUAAGUCGCUGAUGCGGACUAAUGUUGACGCAGGUGCUGUGUUCAAAGACCCUACUGGAGAAAUGCAGGGCACGAUACAUCGCCUGUUGCUGGAGGAGAAAGAGAGUGAAUUUAAGGCUGGGUCAGUCCUUCUGCUAAAGCAGGUCGGCGUGUUCUCCCCGUCCCAUCGCAACCACUACCUCAAUGUGACGCCCAGUAACUUAGUGAAGAUAUAUCCUCCAGGAUUCAGCAGUGGGAAGCCCCCUCAGUUAUGCCAAGAGACUGGGGAAAUAAUGGAGAUGAUACAGUCACAGGCUGUGCCAGAAUUCCAGCAGGAUCCUGCCAUCAAUGCCCCAUCUGCCAUGGCUGCACCAGAUUACAGGAGUGGACAAGGACACGAGAUGGAUGAGAACGGCUACCAGCAUGAAUCAGCUUCAGAUAAAGGGUCACCAUUGAUACCUGUACCAGGGGCCUGUGAAGCAGGCAAAUCAGCUUUGAGUGUACCAUCCCCAAAGGCUGAAAGAACGGAUGCAGAUGACCUAGACCAGCUUCUUGGAGAACUACCUGAUGACUUCUUCUCCAACUUCGAUGUCCAAAGCAGCCUAUGAUAGUUCCCUGAUGCUUACAUGAGAGGAUCUGCUGCAGUAGAACCAAGGCCAUUGUCCUGAGCCCUGCAAGAGAAUGGAUGGAAACUAGAGCCCCAUCAGCAACAUCACUGGUCAUUAAGCACAUUUUCCCUCCAGCUACUUGGAUACAAUCUUGCUGCUGCCUUCCCUCUGUUCAAAGAUACAGCAGCAAACCACAAGAUACCUGGCAGAAUUGCUGUGCUAGGGCACAGCCAGCCUUUAGGACUGGCAUCAGGCCUUAUUCCUGACCUUAUUCUGCCUGUACUGCACUUUUCCUGGGUGUUCAAGCUAGCCAUAAAGGUUAUUUAACAUGUUAAGCAUCUGUCAUUCCCUUCCGAUUUGAAACACAAUCUUUCCCGAUGUCUGUUUUGGUGCUGUAUUACAAACCAUCUCAGAUGCAGUGGUCUGUCUUGUAAAUAAUCUUACAUAGACAUAGGUAGUUCAUAUUUUUUUAUGAUUUGUUAAGCUGUCGUUCGCUGAUAGAACAUUGUGAAAAAGAUGCCUGCAAAAAAUGGA